CGCAGUCCCUUCAUCGCGCCCCGCCCCGUCUACCCCGCCUGCGCGUCGUGGGAGGAGCCUGUAGCACGAGGCCUCGUAACUGUCCGGAAGCUGCGGGGGCUUAAGCUAUGGCUGAGGGCAGCCGUAUACUACAGGCCCGGGCGCUCCUGCAGCAGUGCCUGCACGCCCGGUUGCAAAUUCGCCCAGCCGAUGGGGACGCCGCGGCCCAAUGGGUGGAGGUUCAGAGAGGAUUGGUGAUCUAUGUGUGCUUUUUCAAGGGAGCUGAUAAAGAACUUCUUCCCAAAAUGGUUAAUACACUGUUAAAUGUGAAAUUAAGUGAAACAGAAAAUGGCAAACAAGUCUCUAUAUUGGAUCUACCUGGCAACAUUCUUAUUAUCCCUCAAGCUACCCUUGGAGGAAGACUAAAAGGAAGAAACAUGCAAUAUCACUCUAACUCUGGAAAAGAAGAAGGGUUUGAACUUUACUCUCAAUUUGUUACUCUGUGUGAAAAAGAAGUAGCUGCUAAUAGCAAGUGUGCUGAAGCUGGGGUUAUAGUGGAACAUGGCACUUAUGGGAAUAGGCAGGUGUUAAAGCUAGACACCAACGGACCAUACACACACUUAAUUGAGUUUUGAAAGUGAAAACCUAGUUUCUAUAGCUGUUUUCUGGUAUGAAGUGAUCUAGAGUAUAAUUAGGUUUUAUUCCCCUUCAUCUUGAAUAUACCAAUCUUCAGCAUUUUGGGAUAAGAAAAUCUUGCGUUUCAUAUAUAAUUCUAUAACCUGCUAAUCGGAUGACUUUGCCAAGUCACCUAAACUCUGGAUCUCAGUCGCCUUUUGUCCUACAUUCCUCUACCCUUCUACUUGAAAAUUUGAAAUAUGCUGUGUAUUCACUUCAUAGUCAUUAAGGAAAUGUUCUUAAUUGUGUUUUGUUUUGUUUUGUUUUGUUUUGUUUUGUUUGAGACGGAGUUUUGCUCUUGUUGCCCAGGCUGGAAUGCAAUGGCGUGAUCUCGGCUCACCACAACCUCCACCUCCCAGAUUCAAGCAAUUUUCCUGCCUCAGCCUCCUGAAUAGCUGAGAAUACAGGCAUGCGCCACCAUGCCUGGCUAAUUUUGUAUUUUUAGUAGAGACGAGGUUUCUCCAUGUUGUUCAGGCUAGUCUUGAACUGCCAGCCUCAGGUGACCCGCCCACCUUGGCCUCCCAAAGUGCUGGAAUUACAGGCAUGAGCUGCAGCACCCAGCCAUCUUACUUGUUUUUAAAAGAUUAUGUAUAGUUUUAGCAUUUUGCAAUG